AUGGCUUUCCCUGACAAGCCCAUCGCUCAUCUUCUGGGCUCAAAUGGCCCCGUCCAUGCAGUCGCCUAUUCGGCAUCUCCAGGGACUUAUAUACUAGCUGGGUCAUCUGAUCGGUCCAUCCGGCUAUACAAUCCAUCGCCCAGCACAUCUGUGGCCCCCUCUUCCCAUGUUACCAAGCCGCAUCAGACGUCCGCGGCGCCGCCCAUCCCGCAGGGCCGGCUGAUCCAGAGCUACUCGGCGCACGGGUACGAGGUGCUCUCGCUCAGCAUCGCGGCGGACAACGCGCGGUUCGCGUCGGCGGGCGGCGACCGGUCCGUGUUCCUGUGGGACGUGGCGACGGCGCAGACGAUCCGGCGGCUGGGCGGCAACCAGCAGAGCCACAGCGGGCGCAUCAACUGCGUGGCCUUUGGCGGCGACGACGACGCCCUGCUGGUCAGCGGCGGCCUCGACACCACCGUCCGCGUCUGGGACGUGCGCAGCGGCUCCUUCAAGCCCAUCCAGGUCCUCACCGAGGCCCGCGACGCCAUCACCGCCAUCUGUGUGCGCGGCGCCGAGAUCGUGAGCGGCAGCGUCGACGGGCGCGUCCGCACCUACGAUGUGCGCGCCGGACGGUGCGUCACCGACGUCGUCGGCCCGAGCGUGACGAGUCUGUCCAUGUCAAAGGACGGGAAGGCCGUUCUGGUGGGGAGUCUCGAUAGCAAGAUCCGGUUCAUGGACCGCAGGGACGGGGGCUGUCUCAAGACAUACGCGGACCCGGCGUUGAAGAACGAGCAGCUCAGGGUCCAGUCUAUCCUGGGCGGGAAGGAGCAGUACGUGCUGGCAGGCGACGAGAUGACGGGCGCGCCAGGCCAGAAUGGCGAAGGAAGGCUGUGGGCAUGGGACACCCUGACAGGCGACGUCGUGGCCAAGGUCAGCGUGCCAUGGGGGCCCGUUGGAUCAGAGCCCAAGAAGAAACUCAUCGGAAAGGACGGCAAGGAGAAAGAGCGCAGCAAUGUGAUCAGCUGCGUCGCUUGGCGAGAAGAUGGAUUCGGAGACCAAUACUGCGUGAGUGGCACAUCUGGUGUCGUCACCGUCUUCGGCUACCAUUAA